GUUACGUGCGCCAAACUGUCUCGCAUCUCAAACCGGGAGACGCCAAACCCUAGGAGGCGCGGUGUUGUGUUUCUGCAUCUGCUGUGGCACGACAGCUUCCAACGCGACUGGGCGGGCACUGCUCUGGACUGAAGUGAACUGAAGCACCACCUGAGGAUCACUUUUCUUUAGGAAAUCGUCACGACUCAACUGUGAACAUGGAAGGAGAGCAGAAGCAGGUGACGGGGUACCUCCUCUUCUCUCUGGCCACAGCGGUCAUCGGCUCUCUGCAGUUUGGAUACAACACUGGAGUCAUCAAUGCUCCAGAGCAGAAGCUGCGUUCCUUCUUUAACUCGACAUGGAUGGAGCGAUACGGAGAGCCCAUCGGCCAGGGCGUGUGCACCAUCGUGUGGAGCGUGUCUGUGGCCAUCUUCAGCGUGGGCGGCAUGGUGGGCUCCUUCAGUGUGGGGGUCAUGGCCAACCGCUUUGGAAGGCGCAGGUCCAUGUUCCUGGUGAAUGUUCUGGCCGUGAUCGGGGGGCUCCUCAUGGGCUUCUCCACCAUCUGCUCCUCCUAUGAGAUGGUGAUCGCUGGACGUCUGGUCAUUGGGCUGUUCUGUGGCCUCUUCACCGGACUCACACCCAUGUACGUAGGAGAAGUGUCACCCACCCCCCUCCGAGGAGCCUUUGGGACCCUGCACCAGCUCGGGGUUGUGGUGGGCAUCCUCAUCGCACAGAUCUUUGGUCUGGAGAGUUUGCUGGGCUCAGACAAGCUGUGGCCUCUGCUCUUGGCGCUGACCGUCGUCCCGGCCGUGCUGCAGUGCAUCCUGCUCCCGUUCUGCCCUGAGAGCCCACGAUUUCUGCUCAUCAACCUCAAACAGGAGGAGCAGGCGCGCAAAGCCCUGGUGCGUCUGCGCGGUACAGAGGAUGUGAGUAAGGACCUGCAGGAGAUGAAGGAGGAGAGUGCAAAGAUGGCUCUGGAGAAGAAGGUCACCAUCCCUGAGCUGUUCAGGUCUGCAUCCUACAGACAACCUCUGCUCAUCGCCGUGAUGCUGCAGCUGUCACAGCAGCUGUCUGGGAUCAAUGCUGUCUUUUAUUACUCCACUGGUAUUUUCGACUCGGCUGGGGUGAAACAGCCCAUCUAUGCCACUAUCGGAGCGGGGAUUGUCAACGUCAUCUUCACUAUUGUCUCUUUGUUCCUGGUGGAGAAAGCCGGCCGUCGCACUCUGCACCUCCUCGGUUUGGGAGGAAUGGCCGUCAGUGCUCUGCUCAUGACCAUCUCCCUACUGCUGAAAUCCGUGCCUGUGAUGAGCUACAUUGCGAUCCUGGCGGUGAUGUUGUUCGUGGCCAUGUUUGAGAUGGGCCCCGGUCCCAUCCCCUGGUUCAUCGUGGCUGAGCUGUUCUCUCAGGGCCCUCGUCCGGCUGCUAUGGCUGUGGCCGGCUGCUGCAACUGGACCGCCAACUUCCUGGUCGGCAUGAGCUUCCCCAAACUAGUGGAGCUGUGUGGCCCUUGGGUCUUCCUCAUCUUCACCGCCUUCCUCAUCCUCUUCUUCAUCUUCACCUUCAUCAAAGUCCCCGAGACCAAAGGCAAAACAUUUGACGAGAUCGCCCGUGGUUUCGGCGGAGCUACUGUCCCUCCUCCCGAGCAAACCUCUGGCACCACAGAGGCGCCAGCAGAGGGCACCACCGCGCUCACCAUCCAACCCUCGUCUCCGGACAAAGAGAAGGUCCCGCUGGUCGAAGCCGCUCCCGCCCCCACCCAACCUACCGCGUCCGAAACUACUCCCCUAGACGAUAAGAGUAACGCUACAGCCCAGGAGAGCGUGUAG